AUGCUGUCUUCUGAAGCGGCAGAGAAGAUGGAGCUCUCAACAAGCACCCUGCCUUCGGGGGAGGGGGAUGCAAAUCUUGACCCGUCAGAGUUCCCUCGGGGGUUUGUCAAAAGGGAAAGGGAGCGCAUCGAAUUGUGUUUCAAGCAAGAAUGCACUGCAAGGACGCCCGUCUGCGUUUCAGUAGAGGAAAGUCAGAUUGCGGUGGAAGAGGGAAGUCAGGCUCAGCUUUCCACGACGGGACUAGAGCGCAGCUCUUCGGAGGCUUCGAGCCUGUCAGCACAGGAGGACAAACUCGCAGAGCGCAAAGCAGCUGGUUCGCAGGAGGCUGAAACAGGCGGCAUGGUUGUUGAGAGUGAGGAUGAGUUGGAAGACUUUCUAGCCUUCGGCUCGCCAAAAAGGCCGGAGUUGAGCAACAACAAAGAAGACUUCUCCUUCGUCCAUCUAUCAGAUGUUCCACAGACAGCCAGUCCUUCCUUUGCCCAGAAAGGGUAUCUUACCAAUUCGAAAAUAGGUAGAGCUACCCAUUCUGAGACGCCACAGAUCUCUGGUUUGCAAAAGGGAUUGACCGAGGAGAAGUCGCCAGUGGAAAGCAUAGAACAUCUUGAGAUGCUGAAACGGAACUUAGGGUUCGCUGAUCCGCAAGAAAGGAGUCAAACAGCAGAGCCGGCGAUCGUCCCUUAUUCUGCCGCAGAAGUCUUCAACCAAGCUCAGACCCCUGCUCAAGAAGCGGUUAUAGAAACGAAAGUUGAAAUAAGUGACGUCAAGGUCGAAUACCCGGCGGCCGCUGAGAGCGCGCCACGUCAGCAGAAAAGACCCAAAAGCCUGCACCGGUCACCCUUGGCGCGAGUCUGCGCGUGGAGCGCGUGGAGCGCGUGCUGCGGCCGCGUGCAGCCCGCGGGCGCGGUGCCGCCGGCUGUACGCGCGCUCUUUGAUGAGGUCACGGGAGGAGAGGCGAAUGCAACCGUGGAGGAUCUUCACGUGUUCGUGACGACGCAGCAGACUGGACCAAUGGGGGAAAAGAACGGGGGCAGCCACGUGCAUAAAUUGAAGAAGGAACGCGUGCACCUUCGCAAGAUCCUUACGAUGCGGCCAGAGAGGCGGGAUGAGAGCGUCGAUCUCGACGCGUUCUACGCGCGCCUCCUGGAUCCGAACCUCAACGCCGCGCACGCGGCCGCGCGGGCGCCGACCCAGGACAUGACAAGGCCGCUCAGCCACUACUACAUCAGCAGCAGUCACAACACGUAUCUCCCGGGCGCCCAGGUGGGCAGUCGGAGCACGCCCCGGGCCAUCGCGCGCGCGCUGCUCGCGGGCUGCCGCGUCAUCGAACUGGACCUGUGGCUAGAAUUCGGCAGAAUCGUCAUCCAGCAUACCACCAGAGCGUUCGCGGGCGCCGCAAGCUUUGCGGGCUGCCUCCGUGCCGUCCGGGACCACGCCUUUCGGACGUCCAUUUACCCGGUCAUUCUGACACUGGAAAACCACCUGAGCCCGCACCUGCAGAAGAAGGCCGCCCAGACGAUCCGCGCCGUUUUCGGCAACCUCCUUUUCGUUCCCCCCCCGGACGCCCGCAACGCGAGGGAGUUCCUUUCCCCCGAUGACCUCAAGCGCAAGAUCAUCAUAAGCGAUGCGCCGGGGGGAAACGCCGGGGCCCCUCGAAACGUCGGACAGCUGGCAAAGCUCCUGAUGGCCAUCCACGUCAAGUCAAGGAAGGCUCCGGAUGACGACAACAGCGGCAAAGGCGACGUCACGAUGACGUCGGGCGGGGUUCUGCGGUCCGAGAGUGAGGAGCUCUACGGUGGGAAGAAGAAAAAGAACGGAUCGAAAGUUGAGGGAGGGGACUUGGCGGAGGGGGCUUCGACGAGAGAAAAAAGACAUUCGGAUGGGCGGGUUUCGCGGAAAGAGGGUUCGACGGGCGAGAUCGAGACGCUCACUCCCGAAGAGGAGUUCCGGCGGCUUUCCCCCGGCAACAUUCCGCUGGAGGAGGUUCCGUUGGGCGUGGACCCGCGCGAGCGGCUCGCGGCGUACCACGCCGCGUACGGCGGCCGCGGCGCGGCCGACGAGGAGAGCCUCCGCAAAAUCCGGAAGGAGUUGGAAAAGGAGAGAGCGCGGCUGAUGCAGGAGUGGAAGCGGCGGGAACGCUUAGCGCGAAAACCGGCAGCGAAGCCGGUGGUUCCGCCCGUAAGGAAGCUGCUGACGUCAGCGAGCUCGAUCGGACGGAGGAGAGAGGCGCAGGGUUCCGGCGAAAAGAUCGAACUUUUCGGUGGGGAGGCGGAGCUGGUUAAGAAAGGAAAGGGGAAAGAAGCGGAAGAGCGGAAAGAGGAGACAACGGAAGGCGGAAAGAUUUACUCAAAAACGUGGCCGCAAGAGCAGCGGGUGAAAGGGGGUUCCGCUUUCGCUUUCGUAGCAGCGGAAUUUGCACCGGAAGGUCGGACGCCGGAAGUUGCUGGCAAGAAUGUUUCAACGAUGGAGACGGCUGGCGGUUCCCACCAGCCAUCUCAGGCGCCGGCUGAAGAGGGCUCCGUUCUUGCACCGGAAACGGCACCGGAAAGCCGGAAAACGGAAGAGCCCGCUGGCAAGAUUUCGGAAAUUGAGGAGGCGCCGUGCGGCACGUGGCCGUGCCGCACGCGCGCGCGCGAGGUGGACGUGCCGCGAGCGGGCGCGCCGCCGCCCGACGCCGAAGAGACGGCAGGGGAGCAGCUGCUGAAAGACAUGGAGGAGGACGAGGCAGAAGGGGAGUCCGCGGCGGAACGCGAGCGCGAGCGGAAUCCGCUGGCGAUCCCGAUCCCGCACGCGGACGAGCCGGCGCGGCCGAUCGAAGAAGACGACUUGGCGCGACUGGUUUACAUCCCGAGUCUGCAGAAAGGGUUUCGGCAGUGGAAGGGUUUGGCCAUGGUGAACGCGAGCGAGGCCGCGUUCAUGCGCGCGAUCGCGGAGCGGCCGCGGUUCGUGGUCUGGUACACGCGUCGCAAUCUGGGCCGCGUGUACCCGUCCGGGCGCCGCCUCGACUCGUCCAACUUCAACCCCAUGCUCGCGUGGAUCCACGGAGUGCAGAUGCCGGCUAUGAACAUCCAGACCCCCGGGCGGCCCCUGUGGCUCCACUUCGGCAUGUUCUCCGCAAACGGGGGGACCGGCUACGUGCUGAAGCCAGACGUGAUGCUCCCCCCCGAAGGGACGCCGUUGGAGGCCGUUCUCGAUCCGCUAGACGUGCCGCCGCCGUCCAAGGUUCUCACGGUGCAAGUCAUUUCGGGCGCCUACUGGGGAAGGAUCAGGCCCACCUUCCUAGGAUCGUCCUUUCAUGUCCGGGUUCAAGUGGUGGGCGUUCCGGCGGACACCCGCAAGUUCUGGACCGGAAAGACGCCCGCCUCGCGCGGCCCCUGCUGGGAGGACGCGCGGUUCCGCUUUCCGCUCUCGAUGCCGGAACUCGCGCUGCUGUGCUUCGAGGCGCAUGAGGAGUAUAAGACGGGCCUCGAGGAGUACUUUGUUGGUCAGACCGUAAUCCCAGUCUGGGAGCUUAUGUUGGGUUACAGGGUGGUCCAGCUAAAGACGAAGAAGGGCGAGGUGAAGCGGCACGGGCCGCGGCUGCUGUGCAAGUUCGAGAUGACGGACGCGGGCGAAGACUCGUCGUCUUGA